AUGGUAUAUGGGUCUGAGGCUAUUUCACAAGUGGAAAUCACCAUUCCAACAGCCAGAAUAGCUGCCGUCAACGAUCUUGAAUGGGAUGCGAAAUCAUGCUCAGAUUGGCGCUUGCUAGACCUCGAAGCGGUUGAUGAAAGAAGGAUGGAAGUAGAAAGAAGGAUGGCGCUCUAUCACAAGACUGUUUCCCAAGCAUAUAACAGGACCAUUAAGCCUCAAGCCUUCAAGCAAGGAGAUCUCGUGCUAAAAGUCGUUGAGCAUGUGAGAAGAUAG